AUGAGCGAGCUCAACUUGCAGGAAGUGCUGGACUUUGCGAUCGAUCUCGCCAAGAAGGCGGGCAAGGCCAUCUCGGACGGUCAAGCCAAGCGUUUCACAGAGGGCACGGCUGCUGAGACCAAGAAGAACUCUGCCGAUCUGCUCACAGAGGUUGACCAAGCGACCGAAAAGCUCGUUAAGGAGGCCAUCACAGCGAAAUACCCUGACCAUGCAUUCAUUGGCGAGGAGAGCGCGCAAGGCAGCGAAAGUGUACCAGAAGGAGGCUGCUGGAUCGUAGAUCCUAUCGAUGGCACGACCAACUUUGUGCACGGCUUCCCGUAUUGCUGCAUCUCGAUUGGGUUCACGUACAAGAAGGAGCCGGUCAUGGGAGUCAUCUACGCACCGUUCCUGGACCACCUGUACUAUGCCCUGCAAGGCCAUGGUGCCUAUCUCGUCACUGCGCAGGCUCCUGAACCUCGUCGCUUGCCACUGGCCAAGCCUACACCGCUACCGUCAAUGCGUCAGGCCGUCGUGGCCAUGGAGUGGGGUUCAGACCGCCGCAGCGAAAUCCUCGAGGCAAAAUUACAAUCGUUCCGCCGCCUAUGCGGUGACCCCGAAGACGUAGAAGGGGGCAAGAUGGUUCAGGGCAUUCGAUCUAUCGGCAGCGCCGCGCUCGUCAGCGCGAGCAUCGCAGCCGGUAGCAUCGACGUCUACUACGAGAUCGGCACAUGGUCGUGGGACCAAUGCGCAGGCACUGCCAUCCUGCGUGAAGCGGGCGGCGUCACUGUCGGAAGCAAGGCUUGGACAUCCAAAGCGCUAGCGUCAGACUCGAUGUUUGGAACUGUGCCUCCUGAGGUGCUGAUGGGCCGCAAGUAUCUCAGCAUUCGCGCGAUCGGGGACACGCCGCAAGAGUCGGGCAGAGCCGCGCAAAAGAGGUUGAUCAAGGAAUUCUAUGACGCUGUAGUCGAGUUCGAUCCCAAGUGA